AUGAGCUGCAAACUAAAACUGGUCUGUAUAGUCGGUGGCAAUGCCAUUUCCGCCUUCCUGUCAUGGCGAUUGCAGGCCACCACCUCCUGCGACGUGACUCUCGUCUGGAAAUCCGGCUUUGAGGCCGUCUCCCAAUAUGGCGUCUCCUUCAAAUCAAAAGCUUUCGGCAAUGAGCGUUUCAAACCCCGUCAUGUUGUCCGCGCCCCCGAAGAAGCCUCAUCCCGCGAAACCGCCUACGACUACGUGAUUCUCUGCGUCAAGGCUCUCCCGGAUGUCUACGACCUCGCCUCGCACACCUGCAUCCUCGUCAACACGACAAAUACACUCGGAAUCGAGUCCCAUAUCGAGCAACGAUACCCGACAAAUGUCGUCCUCUCCCUCGUCUCCAACGUCGAAAUCACCCAGACCGGCCCCGCCGAGUUCGAGCACCUUAAUUCCAGCGAAAUUCACGUGGGCGCGACCAGUAGAAAAUCCUCAAUCCCGACCUCUAUACAGAAUGACAUGGCGUCCGCCCUGGCAAUGACCCUCAAUACCGGCCAGGUCGAUUGCAAGGUGUCUCCAAAUAUCAGACAGGAGCAGUUCGAGCGGAUGAUCGGCCCGAUCGCAUUUCACCCGGCCAGUGUGGCCUUUGAGUGCCCGAACCCGACCCAGCUCCUGGAGAAGACCGGCGUGCGUCAGCUAGUUACAGGAAUUCUCGACGAGUUGGUGAUGCUGGCUUCCUCCCAUGGUUGCAAUUUCCCUAGCGAUUUCCGCGAGAAGACAAUCGAGAAGAUGACCGCCUCCGACGCCCCAAGCACAAUGUAUCAGGACUUCACUUCCAGGCGCCCGAUGGAGAUUGAGAACUUCUUGGGAUCCCCCAUUAAAAUGGCCACCGAAUCCGACACGUCUGUGCCCCGGAUCGAGGCGCUCUACGCCAUGCUUCACCACAUCAAUAUCACAAACCAGUCCAAACCCCGCCAUGGGGAUUCUCCGCCUGCAUCUAUCAUGGGCCAGCCCCCUCCCCGGAUGUCCUCCGUACCCCCGCAGCAACAAGGACAGCGGCCGCCUCUUAAUGGGAACGGCGCGAUGCGAGCGAGUCGGACACAUUCGAGUAUGGGGAUGCCUCCUGGUGCGCGACGAGGCCCACCUCCGGGCAUGAUGCGUCCGCCACCUGGUGGACCGAUGCCGCCUCAAGCCAACCGCGUUCCUCGCGACCCAUCAUUGGAGGGUCUGGAGGAGUUUAGCCAUCUAGUAUUGUACGACGAUGUGAUGGAAGGCGGUUCUCCACGCCCCAAUGGCAAUGGUCACCCAGAGGGCGGCGCUGAUUUGGCUAUUCGGGAGCGAGAGCUCGCUCUUCGCCAACGAGAACUGCAGCUUCGUGAACAAGAGAUGGGCAUGGGCAUGGGUAUGGGCAUGGGAAUGCGACGCGGACCUGGACCUGGACCUGGACCUGGAGGCCCUGGCCCUGGACGUCGAGGCCCACCUCCUCCCCGAGCUCCUGCGUCGGUCUUUGAUGAAGAGGAUGAGGAUUAUUUCGACCCCAUGGACACCAUGGCGAUCCCCCAUAUCGACCCCGACCAAGUGGACAUGAUGAGCAUGACUUCGCGCCGUCGCAAGGGCCCCAGCAACACCCAAUUCCGCAAGAAUCCCGAGAUGGCCGCCGGCGGCCCUGCGAUGCACGCCAGCCGACCCUCGUCAUCAGCUUUUGGUCGCUACUUCGGACGCAAACGCGCGAGUGAUCGCGCAAUGGCCGAUAUCCCUGGCCUCCACGAUUCCCUUAUGGACAAUCCCAUGUUGAGCUACUCUUCCAACAGAUAUGGUGCCGUCGACCGCAACCAGCUUCACGCCGACUCGCGAGCCAACUCGAUGACCGCAAGCCAGAUGGGAGACUUCCCUCCUCGUCCCUACCCGCAAAGCCGGCGUAACAGCCAGUCUCCUGGGGGACCUUUCCCAGGAGCACCUGGCCCUGGUGGCCCUGGUGGCCCCGGCGGCCCUGGACCCCGAAUGGGUCGCCCACCCACCGCGCACGACCAGAAUCUUGGACCCCCUGGUGGACCUCCCUAUAACGGCCAUCCAUCGCCGCCUGGAAACAUGCGGACACCGGUUCCCCGGCAUCCGUCAGGACAAGGCCCGGUUGGACCCCAACAGAUUGAGCAACACUACGGGAACAAAAGUCUGACCGGCAGUGCGAGCGCCAGCGCGGAGAGUGGUGAUAGUGGAGCCAGUGCCAAUAUUGAUUCCGAAGUGUCGGCUCAUAGUAGUCAAGCCAGUUUAGGUGGCCAACAACACCAACAACAACACAUCGCGGCCCCUGCUGUGCACUGA